GAAAUUCACCAGCGUUAGUCUUACUUGAUACGUUUCAAAAUGAGUUUCAAAAACAAAGUAGUUAUAGUAACGGGAGCAAGCUCGGGCAUCGGUGCAUCGGCAUCGAUAAUGUUCAGCAAAGAGGGUGCUCGCGUGGUCAUGGUGGGCCGCAACGAGACCAAACUCUCCGCCGUGGCUGCGAAAUGUUCAUCGCCACUCGUGAUUCGCGCUGAUAUCGCCAAUGACGAUGACGCUCGCAGCAUCAUAAACCAAACCAUUAAGAAGUUCGGUCAGAUCGAUAUCUUGGUUAACAAUGCUGGAAUGACGAUGGAAAAUGGUGGUAUCCUCGCCAACGAUAUGAUGAAAUCUUAUGAUAUCAUCAUGAAUAUCAAUCUCCGAGCGGCUGUUCAUUUAACAAACUUGGCUGCCCCAUAUAUGAUCAAAACUAAAGGUAAUAUUGUGAACAUUUCUAGUAUUGCCGGAAUUAUGCCUCCUUUUGGUGUCGGUAUGACCAACUACUACAUCUCAAAAGCAGCAUUGAAUCACUUCACUGUCUGUUGCGCAACUGAGUUGGCCCCACACGGUGUGAGGGUAAAUGUGUUAAGUCCUGGACCGGUAAGAACAGAUUUUAUGGACAAUGCCAAAGCCGCCUUUACAUGGGAUGAUUUUCCGUCGAAAACUCUCCUUAAUAGAGUGUCUGAACCGGAGGAAAUAGCAGAUAUGAUUUUAUACCUGGCAAGUGAUAAAGCGAAGUCUGUCACUGGAUCUAAUUAUGUGAACGACAACGGCAUGCUCAUUAAAAAAACAUAUUAGAGUGUUAAUAUUUAAUAAAUAUACAUUUACAAGA